UCUUCCUCUUCUUCCUCUUCUUCUCCAGCAUCCAUUUCCCCUUCCUGUUUUUUUUUUUUUUCCCUUUUGGGACUUUGUUGUAGUGUUGCCGAAGAGUUGGAUGAAAAUUUUUCUAGAAUGAAUGCUCAGACACAUAAAUCCUAGGGAACUGAGUUUGCUGUGGUAAGUGCAAAGGGCGUAAUGUUAGCAAUGGAUACUAUAUGAGUUUUGCAGUGCUGCUGCAACAAAUUACUGCAAACCUGGGGGCUUCAAACAACAGAAAUUUAUUCUCAUAGUUCUGUAAGACAGAAGUCCAACAGCAAAGUGUUGGCAGGGCCAUGUUCCUUCUAAAGGCUCUAGGGGAGAAUUCUUCCUUGCCCCUUCCAGCUUCUGGUGGCUCCUGGGAUUACUUGACUUAUUGGAGCCUAUCUCCAAUUUCUGUCCCCAUCUUCACAUUACCCUCUUUCAUGUGUCUCUGGGUAGCUUCUCUUUUCUUGUCUCUUAUAAGGACACCUGUCAUUGAAUGCGUGGCCCACCCAAAUAUAGGAUGAUACCAGGGUUAAAGUUACCUUAAUUAUAUCUGCAAAGAUCUCUAUGUCAAAUAAGGACACAUUUUAAUGUUCUGAGUAGAUAUAUCUUUUGGGGCUGUUAUUCCAACCACUACACAUACAAAAAGAUGUCAAGCUUAGUGUUAUUUGUUGAGCAUGGCUUCUCUGUGUCCUUUCCCCAUUGAUGGAAAUGUGCUUGGAUUUCUGGCAGUGUUACUCUGUCUCUCUGAGGGAGGGAGAAAGAGACAUCCUAGGUCCUUAGGAACCUUAAAUAACAGCAGAAUGUGCCUCACACCUUCAGAAACGUCAUCCUAAAGAUCCAGCAGAAUUACCUUAUAGGACUGCAAAAACUCCCUUAGGCAAACCAGGAGCUAAGAUAUGGAUUCUAGGCAUAAUUCUUUAAUAUGUCAGCAGGAGCCAAUAUGUGACCACUGAAUAUUUAAAAAAAAAAAAACCCUACAGGGUAUUACAAACAUGCAUUUGCCUUGCAACCAUGUAAUGAUAUAAUGGCCAGUCUGUCACUAUAUGCAAUCAGUUUAAACUCCAGGAGAACCUGGGUGCAGGAGUCCUUGCACUGACCUUCACAGGAACCACGCCCCUCAUUUCAAGUCUGCAUGAUACAGGCCUGCCUGAUUUCAUUUCCUGGCUUCUGGAAUGAGUAAGCGACCCAUGUCAGGCCAAUGCGAGAACUAUCACAACUAUGGACUGACAAAAGGACAGUCAUGUCAUCUAAACUGGAUCAAUGGAUGUGAUAUUCUAAGAUUUUUGCUGGGACUAUUAGGAAAAGGGCACUUUUUGCUGAGAAUCACUAAAUGUAGUCUGAAAAUAGGUAGCCUAAAAGCUACUUUGGCCAUUUUGCCAUCACAUGUACAAGUAUUAUAAAUGUGGAGCUAUUUUUCUUAUAGCAUUAUUAAAAUGUCUAUAUGUACCUCUUCUGAAACUAGUAAAUAAGUGUCCAUUUCCAUGUAUAAGACAGUAAGUGAUGCUCUGCUUUUUUCAUUAGGUCAGUUUACUUGGGGUUCAUUGUUAGAGUGUGAUUAAAAUAAGUACACACUUUACAGAUGGUGUGAAUAAGUAUCUUAAGAUAUUUGACUCAAGUGAGAAAUUAGCGUUGGUUUUCAGUGCUGAGAGGAAAAGCUGGUUUUUAUUUAGCAAGGAUUUUUCUUUUCUUUUGUGGACACUGUAAAUCUUGCAAUUAAUUUUGUUUUCCUCUUGCUAAAAACAAAGUUUGUGACCUCCUUAUAGUAACUGAAAAUAACUUUUAUGCAUUGGAACACUGACCUAGCUUCAUUCUCUUUCAUCUCUAUGUCAUCUUUAUCCUAUUUUCAUAGUUUAUGUGUGAAAGGACAGCCAAGAUUUUUUUUUUUUUUUUUUUUUUUGCUUUUUAGGGCUGCACCCACAGCAUAUGAAAGUUCUCCAGGCUAGGGGUCGAAUAGGAGCUACAGCUGCUGGUAGCUGCUGUACAGCUACAGUCUGCAGUGUACACCAUAGCUCGUGGCAAUGCUGGAUCCUUAACCCACUGAGUGAGGCCAGGGAUCAAACCUGCAUCCUCAUGGUUACUAGUCGGGUUUGUUACCGCUGAGCCAUAAUGGAAACUACCAGCCAAGAAUUAUUAAAAUAAGAUAUUCUCAAAUAAUUAACAUUAAAAAGAGGUGAAUUGUACUGUUCUUGAAUGAAAAUCCAAAUGUAGUAGAAAAGAGAACACUCUUAAUUAAGAAUACAUUAUCUAAUCAGGAACAAAUUAUUGACUAAUGUCCAAACCUCUGCAAACAGUUCAGAAAACAAAAUGAAAUCACAAAAAAAACAACCAUGGAAUAUGUAAAUAUACAUACAUUUUCUUUUUUUGUGUUUUUAGGGUUGCACCUGCAGCAUAUGGAAGUUCCCAGGCUAGGCCAGGGAUCGAACCUGCAUCCUCAUGGAUACUAGUCAGGACUUGCUGAGCCACAAUGGGAACUCCUAUAAAUAUAUUCUCAAUUGACUAAAAUAUUCUUUGAUUCCUAUGUGCUUUAUUUGAAGAAACGGAAAAAAAAGAAACAAAAAUUCUGUUUUAUAUGAAAGAAUUGAAAGCAGAAUCUCAGAGAUAUUUUCACACCCAUGCUCAUAACAGCACAUUUUACAACAGCUAAGAGAUGGUAGCAGCCCAAAUGUCCAUGGACAGAUGAAUGAAUAGAUACAUAUAUCAGAAUAUUAUUCAGCCUUAAAAAGUAAAGAAAUCAGGAGUUCCUGUUGUGGCUCAGUGGUAAUGAAUGAAACUAGGACCCAUGAGGAUGCAGGUUGGAUCCCUUACCCUUCUCAGUGGAUUGCGAAUCUGGUGUUGCUACAAGCUUGGGUGUGUGGCAUAUGCCAGCAGCUGAAACUCUGAUUGGACCUCUAGCCUGGAACUUCCAUAUGCCAAAAGUGUAGCCUCAAAAAGACAAAAAAAGUUAAAUCCACUACAUGCUAUCACAAACAAGUAUGGGAGAUUCCAUUUAUUGAGGUUCCUCGAACAGUCAACUUCAUAGAAACAGGAAGCAGAAUGGUGGUUAGAGGCAUGUGUUGUGGUGCCAUUAAAGGGGAGUUGUUUUUUUAAUGGGUGUAGGGGUUCAUGUUUGCAAGAUGAAAGGUUCUGAACAUAGGUUUCACAAAAACGUGAAUAUACUUAACAUACUAAAUUGUAUACUUAAAAGUGGACAAGAUAGUAAAUUUUGUUAUUUUAAUACAGUAAAAAGGUGAAAUGAUAUAUUUCGAGUUUAAAAUAGGCAUUUUUCCUAAAUGAAAGCCGCUAGUAAACUUAGAUUAGGCAAUUGUUUAGUUUCAAAUCUACAGAGGAAAUAGUAGAGCCUACAUUUUGGCCACAUGGUGUCGCUGUCUACCACAGUGUAUUCUCCUGGAGGAAAUAUACUCAGAGCCCUAUUGUCACUCCAGAGAUGCGGAACAAUAAGAGAAGCAGCAGGACUUAAGCAGAGACUAGAGGACGAUAUUUAAAAUUUUGCAAGACAUGAUAUUUUAAUUUGAUCAACUCACCGAGGAUUGGUAAUGGUGUCUCCUAAGAGUAGGGACGGGGAGGUCCGGCGUCUGCUACUCUCGCUUCUGCUCCUCGCAGCCUGGGAGGCCGGGAGCAGCCAGGUCCGCUACUCGGUCCCGGAGGAGGCGAAACACGGCACCUUCGUGGGCCGCAUCGCCCAGGACCUGGGGCUGGAGCUGGCGGAGCUGGUGCCGCGCCUGUUCCGGAUGGCGUCCAAAGGCGGCGGAGACCUUCUGGAGGUAAAUCUGCAGAAUGGCAUUUUGUUUGUGAAUUCUCGGAUCGACCGGGAGGAGCUGUGCGGGCGGAGCCUGGAGUGCAGCAUCCACCUGGAGGUGAUCGUGGAGCGGCCGCUGCAGGUAUUCCAUGUGGAGGUGGAGGUGAAGGACAUUAACGAUAAUCCUCCUGUGUUCCCCGGAACGCAAAAGACUCUAUUUAUGGCGGAAUCCAGGCCGCUUGACUCUCGGUUUCCACUAGAGGGCGCCUCGGAUGCAGAUAUCGGUGUAAACGCCCUUCUCUCCUACAAGCUCAGCUCCAGUGAGUUUUUCUUUCUAGAUGUACAGACAAAUGAUGAACUAAGCCAGGCUUUGUCUCUUGUACUGAGGAAAUCUCUGGACAGAGAGGAAACUGCUGAGAUUAAUUUGUUACUGGUAGCUACUGAUGGGGGGAAACCUGAGCUCACGGGCACUGUUCAACUGCUUAUUAAGGUAUUAGAUGUGAAUGACAACGAACCUACUUUUGACCAAUCAGUUUACAAAGUACAACUGUUAGAGAACAUCGCAAACGGAACGUUGGUGAUUAAAUUAAAUUCUUCUGAUGCAGAUGAGGGAUCCAACAGUGAGAUUGCGUAUUCAUUUAGUGGCGAUGUGUCACCCAAUAUAAAGACCAAGUUCAAAAUAGAUCCUGGCUCAGGGGAAAUCAGAACCCAGGGACAAUUAGAUUAUGAAGAAACGAAAUCCUAUGAGAUUCAAGUUAUUGCUUAUGACCAUGGAAAUCCAUCAAUGUCUGGCCACUGUAAAAUUUCCGUAAAACUUGUGGACAUCAAUGAUAACACACCAGAAGUCUCAAUCACGUCUCUUUCACUUCCCAUCAGAGAGGAUGCUGAGUUGGGUACCGUCAUUGCCCUCAUGAAGGUGUCUGACCUAGACUCUGGUGUCAACGGAGAGGUUACCUGCACGCUGACUCAUCAUGUUCCCUUCAAGCUGGUGUCCACCUUCAAGAAUUACUAUUCGCUGGUGCUGGACGGCACCUUGGACCGCGAGAGCGUUGCGAGCUACGAGCUGGUGGUGAGCGCGCGGGACGGCGGCUCGCCUUCGCUGUGGGCCACGGCCCGCGUGUCGGUGGAGGUGGGCGACGUGAACGACAACGCGCCGGUGUUCGCGCAGCCCGAGUACACGGUGUUCGUGAAGGAGAACAACGCGCCCGGCUGCCACAUCUUCACGGUGUCGGCGCGCGACGCGGACGCGCAGGAGAACGCGCGGGUGGCCUACUCGCUGGUGGAGCGGCGGGUGGGCGAGCGCGCGCUGUCGAGCUACGUGUCGGUGCACGCGGAGAGCGGCCAGGUGUUCGCGCUGCAGCCGCUGGACCGCGAGGAGCUGGAGCUGCUGCAGUUCCGGGUGAGCGCGCGCGACGCGGGCGCGCCGCCGCUGGGCAGCAACGUGACGCUGCAGGUGUUCGUGCUGGACGAGAACGACAACGCGCCCGCGCUGCUGCCGCCGCCGCCGCCGUCGCCCUGGCCGCCGCACGGGUGGGCCGGGGGCGCGGGCGGCGGGGCGGGCGUGGUGAGCCAGCGGGUGGCGCGGUGGGUGGGCGCGGGCCAGGUGGUGGCGAAGGUGCGCGCGGUGGACGCGGACUCGGGCUACAACGCGUGGCUGUCGUACGAGCUGCAGGAGGCGGCGGCGCCGGGGGGCGCGCGGAGCGCGUUCCGCGUGGGGCUGUACACGGGCGAGAUCAGCACGACGCGCGCCCUGGACGAGGCGGACGCGGCGCGCCAGCGCCUGCUGGUGCUGGUGAAGGACCACGGCGAGCCGGCGCUGACGGCCACGGCCACCGUGCUGCUGUGGCUGGAGGACGGCGGCGCGGCGCCCAAGGCGUCUUCGCGGCUGGUGGUGGGCCCCGCGGCGGCGGCGGAGGCGGCGCUGGUGGACGUGCACGUGUACCUGGUGGUGGCGAUCUGCGCGGUGUCGAGCCUGCUGGUGCUGACGCUGCUGGUGUACACGGCGCUGCGGUGCUCGGCGCCGCGCGGCGAGGGCGCGUGCGUGCCCGGGCCGGCCCGGCUGGUGUGCUCGAGCGCGGUGGGCAGCUGGUCUUCGUCUCCGCGGCGGCGGCGGCAGCGGUGUGCUCUGGGGAGGGGCCGCCCAAGGCCGACCUCAUGGCCUUCAGCCCCAGCCUGCCUCAAGGUCCAGGCUCAGCAGAAGAAAGACAACUCUCAGAAGCAGAACAAUUAGGAAAGCCACGGCAGCCCAACCCUGACUGGCGUUACUCUGCCUCCCUGAGAGCAGGAAUGCACAGCUCUGUGCACCUGGAGGAGGCUGGCAUUCUACGGGCUGGUCCAGGAGGGCCUGAUCAGC